GGGCUGGGGCCAGGGUCUGCCGGAGCGCGCAGGGCGGGGGAGGGGAGGCCGCCCCACGGCGGCCCGCGGGGACCCGGUUCCGGCGCGCGCGGGAGGCGCCUCGUGCGGAGGCGGCCCGAGGCCUAGUGACAGGCGCGCGGCGCGGACCCCGGAAGCCCACCUGUCAGAGUUACCGGUCAGCCGGGCGGGCGCCGCCGGGGUCUGGGGUGGACGCCGCGAGCCUGCACGUUGCGCCGGGACCCCGGGGCUGCGCCCAGAAAAAUCAUUUUUCUUCUCUGGGAAGGCGAACAUUUGUAGCAUUGAUUUCCCGGAUCUGGUAACAUGGCAAAAGAUGCCGGUCUAAUUGAAGCCAACGGAGAACUCAAGGUCUUCAUAGACCAGAACCUUAGUCCCGGAAAAGGCGUGGUAUCCCUCGUGGCCGUUCACCCCUCCACCGUCAACCCGCUCGGGAAGCAGCUCUUGCCAAAAACCUUUGGACAGUCCAAUGUCAACAUUGCCCAGCAAGUGGUAAUUGGUACGCCUCAGAGACCGGCAGCAUCAAACACCCUGGUGGUAGGAAGCCCACACACCCCCAGCACUCACUUUGCCUCUCAGAACCAGCCUUCCGACUCCUCACCUUGGUCUGCCGGGAAGCGCAACAGGAAAGGAGAGAAGAAUGGCAAGGGCCUGCGGCAUUUCUCCAUGAAGGUCUGCGAGAAGGUGCAGCGGAAAGGGACCACUUCCUACAACGAAGUGGCGGACGAGCUGGUCGCGGAGUUCAGUGCUGCCGACAACCACAUCUUACCAAACGAGUCAGCUUAUGACCAGAAGAACAUAAGACGGCGCGUCUACGAUGCCUUAAACGUGCUAAUGGCCAUGAACAUCAUCUCCAAGGAGAAGAAGGAGAUCAAGUGGAUUGGUCUGCCCACCAACUCGGCUCAGGAAUGUCAGAACUUAGAGGUGGAAAGACAGAGGAGACUUGAAAGAAUAAAACAGAAACAGUCUCAACUUCAAGAACUUAUUCUACAGCAAAUUGCCUUUAAGAACCUGGUGCAGAGAAACCGGCACGCGGAGCAGCAGGCCAGCCGGCCGCCGCCACCCAACUCCGUCAUCCACCUGCCCUUCAUCAUCGUCAACACCAGCAAGAAGACGGUCAUCGACUGCAGCAUCUCCAAUGACAAAUUUGAGUAUCUGUUUAAUUUUGACAACACAUUUGAAAUCCACGAUGACAUAGAAGUGCUGAAGCGGAUGGGCAUGGCUUGCGGGCUAGAGUCAGGGAGCUGCUCUGCCGAAGACCUUAAAAUGGCCAGAAGUCUGGUCCCCAAGGCUCUGGAGCCAUACGUGACAGAAAUGGCUCAGGGAACUGUUGGAGGCGUGUUCAUCACGACGGCAGGUUCCACGUCUAACGGCACAAGGUUCUCUGCCAGUGACCUGACCAACGGUGCAGAUGGGAUGCUGGCCACAAGCUCCAAUGGGUCUCAGUACAGCGGCUCCAGGGUGGAGACCCCGGUGUCCUACGUCGGGGAGGAUGACGAGGAGGACGAUGACUUCAACGAGAAUGACGAGGACGACUGACGUCCUCCCCACUUCAGAUUCAGCUUCAGGAAAACGUUUAGGGAAAAGAAACUUUUUUUUUAAUGUGGGUUUUCUGUUUCCUUUUGGCCUACUCCCAAGAAGAUAUUGGUAAGCUAUUGAAUUUAGAUAUGCACCUCUGAUAAGCAAGGAUUGUUUCCCGUAGGAUUAGGACGUGCUGUGGAUGUGUGUUUUGAUACCAGUGUGCUGAUGCAGAGCGUUUAUUUACUUGUUAGGAUUUUGUGUUUUCAUUUGCUAUUUUUCUUUAAGUGCAGAGUUCAUUUUUGCCCCUGAAAAGUUUUUGCUGAGUUUGCUGAAGAAAUUGUAUUUCAACCACAUCCAGGAAAAUAAAACACCUCCUGUUGUGGGUGGUGAGCCCCGAUGCCGCCUAUUUGCCGUGAGUCUGGACGGCACCCCCGCUGGCGGAUAGCGAGACUGGAGUUUGUUCAGUGGUACGGUGUCCAAGCAAACAGCAGAAUUCAACUUUCUAAACAACCCCAAGCAAACAGCAGAAUUCGACUUUUUAAACAAUAAACACCAUCAACCUUAUUGACUUUAUUGUCCCUUAAAUUAUAUUGACUGUUGUGAUUCCAUCAAGCUUAUACACUCUUUUCUCUCCCUAUUUUGCAGCAACAAAUUGCAAAGUGCUUUUGUUUGUUUGUUUUUGUUUGGUUAAAGCUUAUUGCCACGCUGGUGCGGCUAUGGAGACUGUCUGGAAGGCUUGGAAUGGUUUAUUGCUUAUGGUAAAAUUUGCCUGAUUUCUUACAGGCAGCGUUUGGAAACCUUUUAUUAUAUAGUUGUUUACAUACUUAUAAGUCUAUCAUUUAAAGACAUGUACUGAAACAAAUGUAUUUGUUUCAUAAGCAUCUUCCUGUAAUCUAUUAUAAAAUUGAAAUUAAAUAUAGAGAAUGUUUUAACAAUUUUUUAACUCAAAAUUUGUCAAUCAUUUUUAAUAGUUCUUUUUUUAUAAAAAAAAAGGAAUUUAAGGACAGGCAGUAGUCUCUUUUAAAAUUUAUUCACAAAACCCAUUAACUGCACAGUUGCUAUUAGCUGCCUGUUCUAAAACGAUAGUCUUUUUAUUGAAACACAAAUAAACUUUUCUGUAAUAUUUUAUGGAAUAUAAAGAGACUUUAAUUGUUUGACUUGUUUAACUUGGCACUGUUAGUUUUUAUUAAUAAAACGCGCAUGGGCAUUUUAAACAA